AUGAAAACUGCUCUGACGGAUGCCGCUCCUCCGUUUAUACCUCCGACAUGCUACUCCAAAGUCCUGAGCAUGGCACAGGAGGCCAGCCAAUGGGCCGCAUACUUCAAGAGCCACUAUGAGACUAGUCGCUGCAUGGCACACAUGCCAGACCUACGCCUCGAUGUCCAUAAUGCGUGUGUGAUGUACAAGAUGCGGUCUUACAUUUCUCUGCUGGAGGGGAUGAGGGACAGACGCUGCUCCUACACCCCAGACGUGCGGCGCCUCGGACACACUCUGAGACAGCUUUUCAUCAUCAUGUCCCAAAAGUGCCACGGGGACUUGGUGUUUACCAUUUAUGACUGUGCAGCUCUGGAGAGACCAUUUUACGGAUACCAGCAUAAGCUGAAGCGGAUCGCACUCUCAAAACGGCAGGUGGUCAACGCGCCUCACAGCUGCGACACUCUAUGGCACUAUGACAACCACAAACUCUCACAGAAGAAGGUGAAGCAGUACGAACACGUGCACAGAGACAUCAACCCCAAUGACCAGUGGGAGAUUGUGGGGGAAUUGGGCGAUGGUGCGUUUGGGAAAGUCUACAAGUCACUGAUGAGGAGGAAUGGAGCUCGACCCAAGAGGGAGGUGAGGGAGGCUAAAAACAAAGAGACCGGAGUUCUCGCUGCUGCCAAAGUGAUCGAGACAAAGUCAGAGGAGGAGCUGGAGGAUUACAUGGUCGAAAUUGACAUUUUAGCCAAAUGCGACCAUCGCUACAUCGUCAAACUGCUGGACGCAUUCUACCAUGAGAACAAACUCUGGAUCAUGAUCGAGUUCUGUCCUGGAGGAGCCGUAGAUGCCACCAUGUUGGAGUUGGACCGUGGCCUGACUGAGCCUCAGAUUAAGGUGGUGUGUCGGCAGAUGCUGGAGGCGCUGCUGUAUCUGCACAGUAUAAAGAUCAUCCACAGAGACCUGAAGGCCGGAAACAUCCUGCUCAUGCUCGACGGGGACAUCAAACUGGCGGAUUUCGGAGUAUCUGCAAAAAAUAAUAAAACGUUGCAAAGAAGAGAUUCAUUUAUUGGAACCCCAUACUGGAUGGCUCCGGAGGUGGUGAUGUGCGAGACCAUGAAGGACGCUCCGUACGACUACAAGGCCGAUAUCUGGUCGCUGGGGAUCACCCUGAUUGAACUGGCCCAAAUCGAGCCUCCGCACCACGAGCUGAACCCCAUGAGAGUCCUGCUGAAGAUCGCCAAGUCCGAGCCGCCCACGCUGGACUACCCACACAAAUGGUCACCAGUGUUCAAUGAUUUCUUGAAAAAAAGUUUGGACAGAAACCCGGAGACCCGUCCCACCGCUGCUCAACUUCUAGAGCACCCGUUUGUGAGCAGGGUGACCUCAAACCGUCCUCUGCGGGAGCUGGUGGCUGAGGCGAAGGCCGAGGUGAUGGAGGAGAUCGAACACAACAGCGACGAAGGAGAGGAGGACGAGACCAUGGAGCUCACUGUGCCUCCAGGUAAGGAGUCAUGUCAAACCAGCCAGACCAGCUUCGAUGUAGACUCCACCGCCUCUCCCAGUCCCACCACACCGUCGCCCACCACACCCCUCCCAACACCCACCUCCACCACCGCACCCACCCCGAUUCCCAAGAAAGCCCCAGAGGAGACCAGCACCUCCAGCACAACCACAGACGAGAAGCCCCAGGUCCCAGUCCCCAUGCCCAGAAACAACGUUCCCCUGAAGGGUCUGGAGGAGCUGAGCAAUGGGGAGGUCCUGUCCAAUGGGGAGGUCCUGUCCAAUGGGGACGUCCUGUCCAAUGGGGACGUCCUGUCCAAUGGGGACGUCCUGUCCAAUGGGGAGGACCUCAGACAAGCGCUGACGGGAGAGGUUUUGCUGGAGUCUGAGAAGUGCGAGAGUGAAAGCUCCACAAAAACAUCCAGUUCAGAUUCAGGGAUUGAAGAUGGGAAGAGCACGCCCACUUCAGAGGACAAGGUUUUGGUGGAGACUCCAGAGACCGAGCAGCCUCCCUCGUUGCCCCAGAGCGAAGCGUCUGAGGGGGAGCAGGUCAACCUCUUCAUCGAGGCCCCUGCACCGGAGCAGCCCAAGCCCUCCAUGUCCAACGGGUCGGCCCAGACUCCAGCAUCAGAACCCACCCCUCCGCCCUCUUCGUCCCCGGCCAUGACGCCAAUCCCCCGCACCAGCUCGGCAAAGACCACCCCAGAGAGGACGUCCACCCGGAGCAUGUCGGGGCCAGCCUCGCCCGACGUCAACGGAAGCUUCAUCUCCAGGGUCUCGUAUCCCGGGAGCAUCGUGUCCGAAAGCAUGGACAUGUCGAUCAACAACAACAUGAUCAUAUCCAGGGAUUUCUCCAGUAAAACCCUGAAGAAAACCAGGAAGUUUGUGAUUGAUGGCGUCGAGGUCAGUGUGACCACGUCCAAAAUCAUCCGUGACGAUGAAAAGAAGGACGAGGAGAUGCGCUUCUUAAGGCGACAGGAGCUGCGUGAACUGCGUCUCCUGCAGAAGGAGGAGCACCGCGCUCAGGCCGGACUCAACGCCAAACUGGAGUCUCAGAGGGAGCAGAUGACCCGGCGCUUCGACCAAGAGAUGAAUGCUAAGAAAAAGCACUACGACGUGGAGCUGGAAAACCUGGAGAAGCAUCAGAAGCAGACAAUCGAGAAGAUGGAGGGUGACCACCAGGUGAAGCUCAAGGAGGAGAGCAGGCGCAUCAAGACCGACCAGGACCGGGCCUUCCACAAGUUCCAGGACCAGAUGAAGCUGAAGAAGAAAGAGGUGAAACAAACCGUUGAAAAACUGCCCAGACGCAGCCGCAAAGAAUCUAUGAAGCAAGCUAUGGUCAGCUACCAAGACAUGAAGACCAAAGAGGAAGAACAGUUCCUGGCCAAACAGAGGGAGUACUUGGACACAACGCUAAAGGAAAUCAUAGCCAACAACAAACGAGAAAUAGCAGAGAAGGAAAGGGAGUGCUUGAACAAGAAGCACGAGCUAAUACGAGAGCGCGAGGCGACGAUAUGGGAGAUGGAGGAGAGGAACCUUCAUGAGAAACACCAGCUCCUGAAGCAGCAGCUCAAAGACCAGUACUUCCUCCAAAGACACCAGCUCCUCAAAAAACACGAAAAAGAGCAGGAGCAGAUGCAGUGCUACAACCAGCGGAUGAUCGAGAUCCUGAAAGGCCGACAACAACAGGAGAAAAGUCGCCUUCCCAAAAUCCAGCGGAGCGAAGCCAAGACCAGAAUGACCAUGUUCAAGAAGAGCCUGCGCAUCCAGUCCAACAGCAGCCCCGCAGAGGACCGGGAGAAGAUCAAGCAGUUUUCUCAGCAGGAGGAAAAGAGGCAGAAGGCCGAACGUCUGCAUCAACAGCAGAAGCACGAGACUCAGAUGAGAGAAAUGAUCGGACAGUGUGACAGCAACAUCCGGGAGCUACAGCAGCUACAGAAUGAGAAAUGUCACCUGCUGGUUGAGAAUGAGACCCAGAGGCUGAAACAUCUGGACGAACAGCACUCCCAGUUGCUGAAGGACUGGAGGGACCACCUGAAGCCCCGGAAGAGGGUGCUGGAGGAAGAACUGACCCUGAAGAAACGUGAGCAGGAUGCGUUUUUCCGGAUGAGCGCGACAAUAGACUGCCCCAACCCCAGCUCGCCGACCAAACUCUCCAAAUUCAUGCCUUACCAAGACUCGUCUUCAAUGUAG